AUGCGAACAACAAUAUGCUACACGACUGACACAAGCGCGUGCACACUCCGCUCGUUCGUCGGAAUUGUGUUUGGUACGAUAACAACACGAACAUUUUCAGCGUGUUCGUUUUCCCGAGGUUUACGCCGUGCGCAACAAAGUUUUUUUGAUAUUAAUUUCUUCCUCUUGACAAUCUAGUCGAAUAUUUAUUCGAUUCUAAAGCACACAAUACACCAUGGACUUGUACACGGCUUGUACACUAAAUCACCCAAAGGUGACUGACAUGCUAAGCAAAAAUUUAAACACUGCCAAUAAAAAAGGAUGGACUUGCCUAAUGUAUGCUUGCUAUUAUGGAAACGAAAAUCUAAUCGAUCGCAUAAUAGAAUUAGACCCAACUACUUUAUUUGCUACCAACAAUGAUAAACAAACACCUUUAAUGAUUGCUACCAUGUCCGGUAAUAUUUCCAUAGUGAAGAAAAUAUUUCGCAUUGACAUUUUGGAAAUACCUGAUAAAUUGGGCAGAACAGCGACUUUUUACGCGGUACUGUACAAUCAAGAAGAAAUAUUGGAGUAUUUUAUAGAAAAACAAGCAAAUUGUAACGUAAUUGAUAAAUUCGGCAAGACUAUGACAAUGACAGCUAUUUCUAAAGGAUUCCGAAGAAUAAUGAAAAUAUUAGAUUUCAGUAACCAUGAAAAUAAUGUAAAGUCAAAAACUAUUUGGACCAAUAAAUUUGAAACAGACCAAACUGAUCAACUAAAUGAUGAACGUAUAGAUUAUCAUAUGGAAAAGCUUCUAAAACAGUUAUCAUUGGAAAAAUAUUGGCCAGUAUUUGAUCAAAAAAACAUUAGUUACAAUGAGUUUUUAAAACUAACUGAACAAGAUUUGAAAAACAUUGGAAUUCAUUUAUUUGGUCCCAGAAGAAAAUUAAUAAUGACGAUUGAUAAAUUAAAUGAAUUAAAAACUUCACAAGAACACUCAAGAAAUUAA